CCUCGGAGCCCAACCUGAAGCUGCGCUCCAGGCUGAAGCAGAAGGUGAGCGAGCGGAGGAGCAGUCCGCUGCUGCGUCGUCGAGACAGCCCCAUCACCACCGCCAAGAAACGCUCGCUCGACAUGGCGGACUCUGCGUGUAGCAGCGCCCCCGGCUCAGGCCCAAGCUCCCCGAAUAACAGCUCCAACAACAUCCCCAAUGAGAACGGCAUCACUGUGUCAGUCUCCAACAACUCGGAG